AAAACAAAAUAAGAAUCUUAAAUUUUAUAAUUUGUUUGUUUUGGAAAGAAAUCAGAUUAAAUUGAAAAAUAAAAAAAUUUUAUAAAAAUUACUGAUCGGUAAGGAAUAGAAUAGUAUGUGACUGCCUCGAGAAUUCCAUAGUUUUAAAGUUGCAGUUUUUAAUCGCGUAAUAUUGAGCCAGCUACUUUAUUAUUAGCCCGUUAGAACAUGGACUCUCAGGAUCCCCUGACUUAUCAUCAUAGAGUUAGAAAGCGUUAUAUUUCCACUGAUAAUGGUGGAUUUGUUGUCGAAGAAGAAUUUCAAUGCCCCGACUACGAGACACUGGAAUCACAAGAGGCUUCUUAUAUACUGCCCGAAGACAAUUCACAGUCUCAAGAUUCAGAUAUACAAUCAAGCUCCGAUGAACUAGAACCUGAAUGCCCUCAGCCAAAACGUGUGCGAUCUAUGGAGAGUUAUACUGAAGGAUCGGAAGUAUUAGAUUACUGGGAAGUACCACCAACUAAAUACGGAGAUGAAGAAAAUCCAUUAGCAGUUUUGCCGGAUUGUGGUUCACCAUCGCAAGAGCUAGUCGAAGGUGUACAGCUUUAUGAUAACUCCAAUGACUCUAUGCCUGAAGCAUCAAAUUCAGAAACAUCUAAAGUGGAAGAAACCUUGGCAAAUGAGGCCGAUGUAUCAAAAUACGGAAGAAGGGAAAAGGUGCAACGAAUAUGGUCAGAUAGCGAAACCAGGCAACUUUUAAAUCUAUAUAGUCAUCAUUUGUCCGACAUUGGUCCCAGGAAAAGAUUUAAAAAUAAAAAAGAUAUGUGGAUUAAUAUUUCCUCCAGAUUUCGUGGCAAAACCGCCAAACAAUGUGAAGAAAGAUUCAAAACGGUUGAGAGAAGAAGACGAAAGUGGGCCAUUCGAAACAAUACUCCUUUUAGUACAACAAGUAAAAGACAAGUAUAUCAUCUGGAAGCCUCAUCGUUAGAACCUGAAUGUCAAAUAAAAAUCAAAAAUAUCCCAACAAAACCACAAAUCUCACAUUUACCACCGAACAAACAAAUGCAAUGGGAUCAUAUACCAGAGCCAGAGGUUGUCAGAAACCAUAAUCCUAGUCAAAAUACCAUAAAAACUGAAGAGAAGCGUACCGAAGAAAAUCGACAAGAGGUUUCUCUGCAGGAGCAGAACAUGAAUGGAAAACAUGAGACUUCAAUAGAAGCUACUUUGUUGUUAAUUGCUGCAAGAAAAGAGGAAGGCCGUGAAAGACGACAUAGAGAAAAGAUGGAAGCCAUACAACGUCUUCAAAAUAUGUUACAAAAUGUUUUAGAACAAAGAAAUAACAUGCAUAUUUAUUAGUAGAUAUGACAUGAGUUUGACCAUAGUCUAAGUCUCAAUGUUAGCAAUUUUUAAUUUGUUGAAGAUGUAUGCUCUGAUAAUAUUUUAUUUUAUUACCUUAUAUUAAAUAUUAAGAAAAAACGAAUUAUUGUUAGUGUUUUUCUAAUUUAAUAUUUAAGUGAGUUUACUUUAAGCGCCCCCGUAGCUGAGUUGGUAGUUAGAUGGGAACAUCAGUGGGUUUUAGGGGGUCCUAGGUUAGAUUUUCACCUUCAGGCUUUGGUCUGUCGCUAAUGUAUCACAAUGUACAAACAUUUUUUUAAUUCUAUUUCAGCCUGCCUAUCAAAAAUUUAUUUAUUUUGUUUAAUAUAAGAUAGCAACUGCUAAUAUAAUAUCCCAUAGGAUUAAAGUUGUAAGUGUAGCUUUUUAUUAAUUUAUUUACUUUUGCUUCAUAAAAUCAUACAUUUAGUACAUAUAAGAAUAAUAUAUGCAAAAUUACUUUGACUACAUUGGC